ACACUACAGGAGGUGCUUUAGUACUUAGCGCUUUGGCAAUGAACCGUUAAAGACUUCAAGUUAAAGUGGAAGAAGAAGACCUUAACUCUAAAAUUAAUUUGAAUAUUUAUGUUUCAUGAUAAUCAGAAAUUGUGAUCUGUUUGUUUUGUUUGUGAAUGGAUAUAAGUAAGUUCAAAGUAAGUGGAGCUCCUCCGACUAUAUACUAUAUUCCAAAUUUCAUAACAGCCAAUGAGAACGCCAAUAUUAUUAAAAAUGUAUAUUCAGUUCCGAAACCAAAGUGGACUAAUCUUUCCAAUAGAAGAUUACAAGACUAUGGUGGAGUUCCUCACGAAAAGGGGAUGAUACCAGAAAAAAUACCCAAUUGGCUACAAAUUUAUUUAAAUAAAAUUAAAGAACUUGGAGUAUUUGAUAACUGUGAACCAAAUCACGUACUUGUAAAUGAGUAUUCACCCGGACAAGGUAUAAUGCCCCACACUGAUGGUCCUCUUUUUUAUCCUACCAUAUGUACUAUUUCUUGUGGGUCUCAUACCAUUCUUGAGUUUGUGGAAAACGAUGCGAGGAGAAAAAAAGUUUGUGACGUAUUUUUAGAAGAAUGUAGCCUUGUGAUAAUUAAAGAUGAUUUAUAUUCCAAAUAUUUACAUUCCAUUUGUGAAAGAAAAUUCGAUACUAUGAAAGACUGUGUUAAUUUGGAACUAUGUACUAAAAAUGCACAAGAUGAAGUUUUAGAGAGAUCUACAAGAAUAUCCUUAACUAUUAGAAAUGUUCCAAAAACUUUAAAAAUAAAUUUUUUUAAAACUUAUCCAUUUUUGUAUUUAUUCAAAUAUUAUUAACAUAUGAAGAGCAACUAACUGGUUUUUAAUUAGUUUUAAAUGCAAGAUUCUUUUUUAUAUGAAUAUUUUAACAAUCAAGGGCAGUACUUUAAUGUGCUGAUAGUUUUGCACAAACUUUUAGAAAAUCCGAAUUUCUACAAAAAAGGUCCUCAGCAAAUAUCUACAGAAAUCAUUAUUAUAGCGCCUAUUAUAGCUUAAGACCUUUUAUGUAGAAAAUUGAAUUUUCUACAAGUUUGUUGUUUUAAUUUUUUUGUCAUUCACGAGAUAAAUGAGAAUUUCAUGGAAAAAUCAAGUUUAGAGUCCUGUCCUCCCUUGCCAGUUCCAGUUACAGCUUGGCCGCAGUGGGCACUUUUGUGGAGUAUUCACUAUUCCAAAGUCUACAAUUCAUGAUAAGAUGAAGGGCUCCCACCAGAAGAAAUAUGGUGGAUAGACAUCUCACAAAAGAUGAAUCUCAGUUUGUUAGACCUAUCUCAUUGUUAGCAGAUAGGGGUUUUCCGCUCACUCAGACACUUAACUUUAAAGUCUAAUUCAUAUGUAGAGGGAAGGAAUUCCUUUAGGAAAAAUCAUAAGUAGUUCUUGGAAUAGAAUAUUUAUUAAAAUAAUUAACAUCUGUUUUAUACAAAAUAAAACCACAA